UUUCCCGCGGAUUCAGUUACAGCGUACGUAGCAACCAAUUAAAAUGGCCGUGAAUGGUUAUUUGUAAAAAAAUCUUUUGACGUUGUGGAUUUACACAAAUAAUAAAAAUGCGCUAACAUAAACGAAUCGUUUCGUGUUUCCAUUAAUAAUAUCAUUGAAGUUAAAUUUUGGAUUUGCUGGAUAUCAGUUUGAUAGUUUUAUCUGGACACGGCAAAAUUACAGCGAACGAAAAUGACGGAAGUAUCUCAGUCUAGCAGUAGCAUGAUGUAUGUACAACCGCGCGUUCAGUCAUCAUAUUUUCCAGCAAUUCCAGUAGGAGCACCAAAAGCUACAUUGUCAUAUCCAAGAGCUACACAAAGUGCCCCAUAUUCUGCAUUGAUGGGUGUUGUUGUUGAUGGGAGAAUUCCAAGGAGGCAUCCGGUCACUUCAAGGUGUCGGGUCAGGAAACAAGUAGGUCUAACAAAUCGAUGGCGACUACCGGAAUCUCUUGGUAGCGACCUGCUAGGAAGUGCCCAGGCUAUUAAAGCUGUCAGUAUGCCAUACAACCAAACUCUCGUUAACAUUAUCACUGCGGAGAGUGCACAGAUUAAUUUGAAUCUGGAUGUGACGAAGCCCUACACAUUCAGACAGACAGAGGACCGACCGUACACGGAGCCUGUGGGUAUCCCAAGAGUAGUAACUACAGAGAUAAACAAAGACGAUUCAGUAAAAGUUCCUGCUACUGCACCCAUGACAACAAGUAUGACCAAGCCUUUAAGCCCAGUCAAAAAAUUUAUGCCCCGCAGCGCUCGCCCAGUCACACCAAAGGACAUAUUUCUGUAUCAUUCCAAAAGGAGUAAAAGUAACAUGGGACCAGACUCUCUCAAAACAUCUAAAUACGGUUCUUACCACAGGCUCACUGGGCCUGUGUCCAUUCAUCAUUUUCAUGAUGUGUUGUUGAGGAGUUUGGGAAUGGACUGGGAGUUACAUCGUCCAUUCUUGCGCAAGUCUGAGACCCUGACUGCCCUCCUACAAGGAGCUGAUGAUCCACGUCCCCAGCUCUACUACAAGAGUCCCGCGUCCGAGACUUUAGACAAUUACAUCAAGAAGAGCAAUUUCUACAGUAAUGAGUAUCGUGAGAUGUCUAACAGACUGAGUACUGUGGAGGGUUUGGAACUGCAAGGUCCUAAAGAGGCAGAGUCAAAGAAGAUCGACCAUCCAUCCCAUACCUCUGAGGGUCGUGUGAACAAUGUCACGCUUAUACAGAUAGAUAUACAUGACCCCUAUGUUACAAAAACUGGAAUGGCGAUCGCUCUCGGCAACAUGUACCACGAUGAUAUUGAUGUUGAUAACGAACGUCUCGCAGAAGUUCUGGCGGCAGCUUGCAUAUUACAGUUUAAGGCAUUAAUUAAAGGAUGCACAAAGCUGAUGUUAAAGAAUAUCAAUAAUCAGACAGUUUGCAGAUACCAUGCUGUGGCCUCAAAGCAUCAACAGGAACAUGUGGUGUUGGCGUGUGAGAGAUGGUUGGAGCUUAAUCUCAUUCCAGAUCUGUCGGAGAAUAUUCAGCUACGUGAAAUGCCAAUGGAAUUACUACAGAAAAUUGUGAAGUCCAACCGUCUAUUUGUCUUCAAUGAGUUCAGUGUAUAUAGAACUCUAGCUUACUGGCUUUUCAUGCAGCUUAACCCACAUCUGCAGUUGAUGCCCUCUCAUAGUACGGUGCUCACAUAUUUUAACAGUUUACCAAAGACAACAUCAUUCAUCGAACGUGAUGAUGGCCAGAUUUACUCACCCUUGUUCUCAGCUGUACGCCUACAUGGAAUUUUAGAUACGGGAAAUAUCCAAGACAUGCAGCUGAUGAAUAUCUUGCCGAGAGAACAGCUGAUAGACCUUCUGUCACAGCAUUAUCACGCUCUGCAAGGAGGGGGAGACAUGUCCCUGCUGAAAAACUUUAACACAGCUGCCAUCAGACAAGGCUUCAUAAUGGAUACUGAUCCCCUGUACCAUUCAGAAGUGUUUUCACUCCAUGGGUUCCAUUUCGAGUUGAAAGGAGCUGGCUCUAAAGAUGGUGUUUAUUCUUUCUUCAUGCAGAGAUUGAAACCAGGUGACCCUAUUCUUAGUUUCCGUCAGUGUGAAAGAAACACCUUCUCCAUGCGUGUAGAUCGAGAAGUCCGCUACUGUAUAACAGCGCAAUAUGUAAGCAAGGGAGAUAACCGACUUUUGACCACUGGCAUUAAGAGUCAGAAAUUUGGACUCGGUGAGAAAACAAGUAAAUCAGAGGUUUUACAGAUGACAGAUGUGAAGAAACCACUAUAUGUACAGUUUGCUGUGUUAUUCCCAUCAUCUUAACAUCAUUAACAAAUUCAGUGUCAAGAAAGCGAGAAAACUCGUCUCUAAUCAAGUCAUUCAUAGUGUCAUUAUUGUUCUGCAAUUAUAUCUUAAAUAUAUCGGACA